AUGGAAGACUCAUUCUACUUCUCACUACUACGAAUUUCAAUAGCCCAAAUACUCAAAACUCAAGGAUUUGACAAAUGUAAACCGUCAACACUAAACAUUCUCACAUCAUUAUAUAUUGACUACUUAAACAAGCUUACAUCAGAGUCAAUUGCGUGCAGUUCAAUAAGGACAAGAACAAAUACACCAGAAGUCCAGGAUGUCAUGCAAGCUAUGCUUGACUUGGGAUUGGUAAAGGCUACUCAAAGUAAUAAGAUCCAUGAUGCUUAUUUUGAUGAACUGGAGUACAACACCAAAUCAGUGAACCUGUUUCAUAAUUGGGUCAUGAGCUACUAUGGAGAUCAGAUUAGGAAUAUAGCUAGGAGGAAGAAGCAAAAGGAUAUUGAAGAGGAGAAGGUAGCUAACGUUGCACAACAACUGGAUAAUCAACAACAGAGCAUUUACCAGCAAUUUGUGCUGGCUAAUAACCUCUCUAGUUCAAAAAAACAACGUAACAACAAAGGUGACGAUGAAGAAGUUGGUGAUGGCGAUAUUGCCAAAUCUUCCUUACUGAAUGCUCAUAGAUUAAAGUGGUUGAAUCACCUAUUUGAAAAAGAGUUGAAACUCGGCCACAAGUUCAAAUAUCUUUAUGCUACUGAGUUCAUAGCUAAUGAGUUUGAGGAGGAUUUACUUCGAAAUCAAGCAGAAGUGAGACGCGGCUCAACUGACCAAACGCUAGAUGCGACUAAUGACAAUGAUUUGGAUUUGGAUUUGGAUUUGCAGUCGAAAAUCAAACGUAUACGAAAUAAUGAAUGGAACAAUUUUAUGGUCAAGCCAAUUACUAAGGGAGACAAUCACAGACGGGAGGAUGGCGUAAGUAACGCUGGUGGAAUAGGUGCUGUGGGUUCAGCUGACGAUGACGUCAAUGAGUUGGUUAAAAAAGAGGCGGAUUUGGAAAAGUAUCUACCUUACAAAAUCAAGUAUCCUGAGGUGCUAGUUAGUGAUGAUGUCGAAGUUGCUGAAGUUGCCGAAGAUGAUGAAGGUGAUCUGGCAGAUGUUGAUAUGACGGACCCUACGAUCACAACACAUCAGCCAGCCGAGAUAUAG